AACCCGCUGGUCUACAAGGACCUCCGCAUCCCCCCCAUCCCCUACUACACUGAGCGCAUGAUCUUCACAGAGCUGGGGGCCUUGGACAACUCGGCCAUCUUUGCUGACCCCCGGGACCCCGCGUACAGCGCCUCGGCCAUCCCGACCGAGAAGAUCCGGGGGAAGGUGCUCUUCGUGGUGGGGGAGGCCGACCGCAGCUUCAACAGCAAGCUCUUCGCAGAGCUGGCCAUGGCGCGGAUGCCACCAGAGAGCUGCCGCCUCCUCUCCUACCCCGGCGCCGGGCACUUGAUCGAGCCCCCCGGCUCACCCCUCUGCAGCAUCUCCAGCAUUCGGGGCACCCCCCGGCCGGUGGCAUGGGGGGGUGAAGCACAAGCCCAUGCCAAAGCCCAAGACCACUCAUGGCAGGAGAUCGUCCAGUUCUUGGAGCUCCAUCUUGGCCCUGCGGCCACCAUGAAGCUAUGA